AUGUCAGUUGCAGACGAAGGUGCAGUGAUGGCUUCUGAUAGGGGAAGUUGCGUAAACCGUGUGUCAGUGAAGGUGCCGCCGUUUUGGUGCGAGCGACCGGAGAUUUGGUUUGCUCAGAUUGAGGCGCAAUUCGCAGUAGGUACCAUCUCGAGUGACGUCACACAGUUCAACAUGAUAGUGGCAGCGAUUGAGUCAAGUAUCGUGGCCGAUGUGAGUGAUACAGUGCUUCAUUCCUCUGAAACUGGAAAGUACGCCAAUUUAAAGGUUCGCAUCAUAGAAGGCUACAGUGAGAGCGAGCAGCGAAAGAUUCAACGGUUGCUGUCGGAGGUUGAACUUGGUGAUAGACGACCAACACAGUUGCUAACGGAGUUGACAGCGUUAGCUAAAGACAACGUGGCACUGGGAGAACUGGCAAAAUUAGCAGACAAUUGA